AUGACUGAACCCACUCAAGCCAUCAAUCCUACACCACCCACACUACUUCAGCAUAGCCACAUUGACACACUUAAGCCCACUACUCAUCACCCACUGAACCCUCCAUCAUCACCAAUCACCUGCCCACGCCACAACACCAUUGUCCCUGUUCAUCUUCAUGACUACAUUUAUCAACUUCCUCCUUCACUAGCCCAAUCCCAUCUUGCUUCCCUUCAAGGUGAACCCAAGACCUACACCCAAGCAGCCAAAGACCCACGAUUGUGUCAAGCAAUGGUUGAUGAAGUUGCAGCCCUAGAACGAAACAACAGUUGGUCCAUUGUACCACUACCUCCUGGCAAGAAACCCAUUGGGUCAAAGUGGGUCUACCGCAUCAAAUACAAGGCUGAUGGUACUAUAAAACGCUUCAUAGCGCGGCUUGUUGCAAAAGGUUACACUCAAAUUGAAGGCCUUGAUUAUCAUGACACUUUUACUCCAGUGGCUAAAAUCGCCACUGUUCGAUGUUUACUCGCAAUUGCAGCCAUCAAAGGUUGGGAUCUCCAUAAGCUAGAUGUGAACAAUGCUUUUCUUCAUGGAGACCUCCAUAAAGAAGUCUACAUGACCAUUCUGCAAGGCUUUGGGCAUACUUUUCCCAACCACGUCUAUAAAUUGAACAAGUCUCUUUACGGCCUCAAGCAAGCCUCCCAAAUGUGA